AAUAUGCUCUGUUUUAACUUAAUACUUGCUCGUCAUAACGAAAAAGCCUGUAAAAAUACUUCGUCCACGUUUGUCAGUUCUACCCUUCCGUACUACACAGAUCUUCGUCACUCAGUCGUCUGUCGCACAUUUUGCACCGCGCAGUGAGGUGUGCACGCUGUUCCCCUCUCUCUCUCCUCUCACCCACUCAAGUGCUCUGGGAACGAGCUGGUCGCUACAGUUGUCGACUCGUCCUCAGUCCUCGGAGCGUGGAUCCUGAGCCGCCGCCAGACGCACCACAGGUUGGAACACAGUUGGAUGCUGGAUGGCCCAUUAUGAUGCAAUGUUUGCAGCAGAAGCACUCUAAGGGAAACAGUGGUAAUGUGUUGAUCUGCUUGGAGGUCAACAAUGGAGCAAAAAGAGGACAGCAUCUAAUUUUGACAGAUUACUCUCCCCACUUGCAUUUCCCAUGCCAAAGUUUGCAUAAGGCAUAUCUUUAAAACUGUAUUUAAAUUGAAAAUAGUUGUUUGUCCAUUUACCCACUGGGAACUGAUCACUUACAUUUAAGUAGUUUUGCCUACAUUUUCAGGGAAUUAGUUGCCCUGAAUCUUCAGAUAUAAUACUCACAGUUUCCACAUCCUUCUGUGGCAUGUCUAAUAAAAGUGGACUGCUCACUUUCUGGGGACUCUCUGAUUGGACAGAUCCCAGCCAGUGCCCACCCUCAGUGGGUGGGGCCACUUUUUUGAUUGUGGCAUACAGCACAGUCAUAGCUGUUGGGUUGCUAGGCAAUGCAGGAUUGGUGUUCAUCAUUGCUCGGCAACAGGAGUUACGUAAUGUCACCAACAUCUUAAUUGCCAACCUGUCAUGCUCUGACAUCCUCAUGUGUGUAGUGUGCCUGCCAGUCACGGUCAUCUACACCCUGAUGGAUCGCUGGGUCCUGGGAGAGGCGCUGUGCAAGGUGACUCCCUUUGUCCAGUGCAUGUCAGUGACAGUGUCUAUCUUCUCACUGGUGCUGAUCGCUCUGGAGAGGCACCAGCUGAUUCUGCACCCCACGGGCUGGUCCCCUGCUGCUGGACACUCAUACUUGGCUGUGGGACUGACCUGGCUCGUGGCCUGUUUCAUCUCUCUGCCCUUCCUCUCCUUCAACAUCCUCACUAAUGAUCCCUUUCAAAACAUCAGCCUCCCCAGCAACCCUUUCAGGGACCAUCUUAUUUGCAUGGAGCUGUGGCCAUCAGACAAACAUCGUCUCGCUUACACAACAUCGCUGCUGCUUUUCCAGUACUGUCUUCCCCUGCUGCUGGUUCUUCUGUGCUACCUCCGAAUCUUCCUUCGCUUGAGGCGACGCAGAGACAUCUUGGAGCGCAGCAGGAGAACCCAAGGGGCCCAGAGAAUAAAUGUCAUGCUGGUAGCCAUUGUGGUUGCCUUUGCUUUGUGCUGGCUGCCUCUCAAUGUCUUCAACACUCUAUUUGACUGGCAUCACCAGGCUCUGCCGGACUGUCAACAUGAUACAGUCUUCUCUGCCUGCCACCUGAUGGCUAUGGCCUCCACCUGCAUCAACCCUGUGGUGUAUGGCUUCCUCAACAGCAACUUCCAAAGGGAAUUCAAGUCCACACUACAACGGUGCCAGUGUGGCAACAGAACUGUAGAAAGUUAUGAAAGUUUUCCCCUGUCCACUGUGGCCAGUGAAGGUAUCACUAAAGCCACCUCACUAAACAGAAUGGGCUCAGUGUGUGUGCUGUCUGCCAGGCCUGAGAUCAGCACAGUCACACUGUCCAAAUCAAUGACAACUGACACAUAGGAGGAUUGUUGUUAACAGAGGUCAUGGAUGAUAUGGAAAAUGGCGCCUUAAGGUCAUGCCCAAGGACACCUCGGCAUUCUGGGUACACCAUGGUGUACCCAGAAUGCUUUAAUUCAUCAGGUAACU